UGGAUGAAUCAAAUAGCAAGUUUUAAAAGAUUAGACAAAUUUUUUGAUGAGAAUGGUGGAAAUAGGUAGGUAUGUUUUGUACAGGGACUCCCACUUGUAGGCCUGAUGGCUUCCUGCCGUUUCCCUUGUGUUCUUUUGUUCUUAUGAGUGAUGGCUGAGUUGGGUUUGAUUGGUGGAAGUGUUAUAAGAUUAGUGUGUCAAGUUUCCAGGAACUCAGCUGCCCAUGUUGAGUGUAAUGGCCAGGGCAGUGCACCCCACCUUUGGACAGAUGGAAAACGUAUCAACCCCUGAGAAACACAAGCUGAACUUCUAAUUCAUGAGUGCCAAGCCUGAGGACAUCAAGGUCACUCUUAAAGACCUGGUGGUGGUGAGGGAGCGCCUGGCAUCCGUCAAGAACAAGGUGCUGGUGCUGUCUGGCAAGGGAGGCUUGGGCAAGUCCACUGUGAGUGUCAUGUUGGGCCUUACCUUGGCCCUCGACGACUCCAAGGAGGUGGGGUUCCUUGACAUUGACAUCUGUGGGCCGUCUCAGCCGCGGGUGUUGGGGACAGCAGAGGAGAAGGUCCACUCUUCAGGUGCUGGCUGGUCCCCUGUGUAUGUGUCUGACAAUCUGGCUGUCAUGUCUGUUGGGUUCCUGCUCAACAGUGCAGACGACGCUGUCAUCUGGAGGGGACCCAAGAAAGAUGUGAUUGACGAGGUAGUGUUUAAGCAUGUAGCUGUGGAUGAAGUGGCUCUGCUGGAUGUGAGGAAGGAAAUCACAUUCUGCAGGAAAGUGAACAUUCCCAUCAUUGGCCUGGUGGAGAACAUGACCACCUUUGUGUGCCCCAAGUGUAAGACCAAGACGACCGUCUUCCCUGCCACUACUGGAUGUGACCCCCAGCUGGCAGAGGAUACUGAGAUGCCACUGCUUGGCCAGCUGCCGCUGGACCCCCGGGUGGCCCAGGCGUGUGAUGAAGUCACCAACAUUCCGACACAAGAGCCAGAUGCUGCUGUCACUCAGGCAUACAAAGACAUUGCAAACAAAAUCAAGGAGUACUGUGACACACAGUCCCAAGAAGCCACUUGACCUGCAGCGGUAGCAGCAGCAGCAGCAGCAGUCAUCACCACACUAACCAACACAUUCUACAGAAAAGUCUUGUUAUUCAUGCAGAGGUUUAUUUUACAUUUACUUCUUAAAUCCAUAUUAUUAACAUCA